UGUAGUGACGUAUUAGGCGAUCAAAGUCCAGGGCAGGCACCGCCUACUUUUACAGGACUCUGUCGCUACUAAAACAAUCCGUGGUGAAGUCAGAACCACCGGCUCAAAAAAACACACCGGCAAUUUUUUAAAGUCUACCAAUUCUUCAACUGCAAAUCUGCACUCGUCUUUUGGACUGGAUCCGUUUCAGACCAGACAUAGGAGACAGAGUAAGGAGUUAAAAUGAAGGCAAGGCUGAGUGAGGACGGCACCAAACUUGUGACGACCUACGAACUCAGUCCAUUCAACUUUGAUCGCAGAGGCGUCCUGAAGCCCUGGACCCUCUCACAGCUGAUAGCCUACUCUGGACCUGAACAGUCGGACGUCUUCUACAUCCCCGGUCACCUGGAGACAGUCGCUAGCUUCUUACGAUACCAGGAGUUCUACCUACACCCUGAACUCUACACUCAUGUCAAGUUCAACUCCGCUGUACAGGUCGCGUCUGGGGUUGGGUACGUGGGUAAGACAUCUUGGAUCUGCAAGGGAGAUGUUCGCCUUGCAACAACUCAAGGCGUUCUAUGUCACUUCAACUUACAGCUGGUUAACGUGGACAUGUCGACUCGGCAGCCGACAGAUCUUCCACAAAAUCUGCGGAGGAAGGGAGAGGGCCCCCGGCCAACGUUUAGUCUGUCGAUGCCCUCGAGUCAACAAGCAAUGUACUCCCACACGUUUAGGGUCGAGGAUAAUGAUGUAGAUGCGAAUGAUCACACCAGGCAAUCUGCUUUCAUCCGGCUAUGUUACGAUACGGCUGCCUUUGGUACGAAGGCCGGUAGGUACAAAUCUCUAUCAGGAGACGUGCUGAUAUAUCCUGUGAAGAAAAUCGCCAUGUUGUUCCAGAAAGAAGCUUUCCUGGGAGACAUGUUGGUUGUACAAUCAUGGGAACUCCCAUCCAAGCCGGCCUCCUUGUUGUUUCAGGUCAAAAGAGGGGAAGAUGACAUUGUGCGAUGUUUGUUUCAACUAUAUGAACAAGAUAGGGCAAAGCUUUGAAAGAUACUACAUAUCAUAAUAUCG